CUAAUGAGAAAAAGUGCAACCGGGUUCAGUUGAGGAAAGUAGACGUAUGAUCGUAGCAGAGGUUUUUGCGUCUACUGUGAUAAAUAAGUUUGAGAAAACAUCUUCGAAAUAAUUUCAAAUUGAAAUGCUAGGCCAACGUGUAAUCGCAACGUACGGAUCAAAGAGUCAGUCUACGAUAUUGGAUGCACUGUGCGGCGUUACAUGCGACGGUUGAAAUCACGUCCUAUAUCUUUGCUAUCAUUCGCCACUGUAGUGACUGCGUACACGUCUAUACUUGAUUUUGACAAGCAACGCUGACACGCACGAGUCAAGACUGCGUCAGAGAUUUGAUCUCGAGGAGGAAGGCCGAGAUUCAUGGAUUACAUUUGAUUGCAAUCUGUCAAACCUCACGACUGUCCGUGUGUCGAUCGGAGCGUGAGAAAUUACCAUUAGCAUAUAAAGAUACUGCCGAAAUAUGGCACUGACGAAUAUUUUAUUGCUUAGUCAAAUAGCGGGCUACGUCGUGGCCCUCAUUCUAUCUCUCUGCAUCAUCGUGCCAAUGAGUUUACAUCAAGACGAGUUCAGAGGACAUUGUUUACUGUUUUCAACUGGAGUCUGGCAGGAAUCAGACGGUCAAUUUGUUGCCAACUGGGCAUCGCAGGCAUAUUGUAAUUACACAAUAUUUGUUGGACUGGUACUGCUCAUCACAUCGGCAGUACAGAUUUACCGGUUGUCCCUGCUCAUGUAUCGUCAUGAGGACAGCUCGUUCCUCUCAGCAUUUGUUGAUGUAGUUAGUUCCAUCAUUCUGAAUACAAUCACUCUGAUUGCGGCAAUAAUUGUUACCUUGGGCUUUAUGACCUGGUGCCAAUGUAUGACAAAGAGAUUUCCGUCAUGCGAACUAGCAGCUGGCAACGAUAUCGACAAAGCCGAUGGUAUCGACACAUCUGGUUUCCACAUUGAGCUUGGUGCUGCUCACUUUGGCAUCUGGAGUAGUCUGACAGUUUGGGUCGGCCUGUCGGUUUUCGCUGUCUUGAAAUUGUUGAGGUACCAUCAGUUGGAGAACAUGAAAGUCUCUAUGUACAGGGAAAGGCAAAGACUGAUAGAAGCUACUACAAGUAACCAGCAACAGGAAGCGAGUUAAACUUUUGCCGUGGCUUUCGAAUCUCGAACAUGACAACAUGUUUUGUUGAUUUACAAAAGCAUUGAGAAUACCUUUUUUCUUAGCCUUUCCGAAAACACAUAUUUUUCACAAAGUGCAAUACUUUGCAUGAUAUUGUUAAUUGCUUUUCAUACGCAGAAUAGUUAAUAUUAAAAUGGCGUAUUAAUAGACAAUGCUCAUAGCAACGUAACAAAUAUCGUUUGAAUGGAAAUCAGUACUGUUAUAUUUCGCGCAAUAGUGAUAUGUAAUAUAGUUUAAUAGUCUAUAUCUUUUUUUUAUUGAAAGAUCGGUUUAAGUACACGUACAUUAAUAUAUUCUUAGAAAGUGAUAAAAAUUGCAGUUCUCAAUUUACAAUUGGGAAUAAAAUUCUUUCACAGUGAUUGAUCACUGUACAUGAUGUCAUCGUUUUGUAUACAAUGUUCAUGGUUUUGUCAGCUAAAGUGUGUGUCAGAAUAUUCUAUGAACAUAUAGUCGAUAAAACUUGGAACACACUUUAUAUAAUCAGCUUCCCGUAGACUUAAACAUUAUAUAUUUAAGAUUGUACAUACAUCAUAAUAACAAUGUACAUAUCACAGCUAUGUAUAUUUCCAUAUGUAACAAAUAAAUGUAAGCAUCAUCAUAGAAAUAUAAUGGAGGAAUCAUAAGAGAA